AGGCAAUCAGUUGUCGGCCGACAUCGUCGGGGAGAGAGGAAUCUUUUUCGCUGUAGAACCCAGAAGAAACGAUGGAGCUUGAAGCCUCUCCUUCUACCUCACGCAAAAGACGCAUUCGCUCGUGCACUGAAUGCUACCGGCGGAAGCAGAAGUGCAACCGCUCUCGUCCCUGCGAUGUAUGUAUCGCGCGGAACAUCCCUACGAAAUGCGUCUACCUUGGUCAAUCCAGGUAUGAUUCCCCUUAUAGCUAGUCUGUCUCUUUCCCUUUGGUAGCAUGGUCGCCUGUCGUCCUCUGGGGCUUCCCAAGACCCAUCUGAUGGGAGUUGAAGGUCGUAACGGUCAAUGGUACUCUGAAAGGGUAGCUAACACCAGAGGGAGACUGUGCGCAACACCGCAGACUGCCAGAGAAGCCGUUCUUAGUCCACCAGCCGAUGCCUCUAUCGAGUCCACGCCGAUACCUCUCCAAGGUGAGGCUGGCUAUGCGGCUUACCACGACGAUGAGGCACUGAGGACAGCCAAUGGACAGUUGGCGCGUUCCCGGCCACCAGUUUUGGCAAGCAACAACUCUAUCGUAGGCAGUCUGGUCCUGUCCAGCGCGGUGGCAGAUGACAAGUACCUUGAGCUUGUUGCACAGCUUCCGCCGGAUGCUAUUGCAAGAGAGUUCCUCGACACAUACUUUGACAGAGCAAACUGGUAUUUCGGCAUCCUGGAGAGAUACUACUUUGAUGAAGCAUAUACCGCGUGGCAAACGCAUCGACCCCUACUUGUCGGCCAUUCGGGCCUUGAAAUCCUGCCCCGGAACCUGCUUCACUUCCCAGCACUGCUGUUUCAAAUUCUCGCCGUCGCUCUAGAAUUCGUCGAACCUGAUCAGCCAGUCGCCAAAUUGAUCGAGGUCCAGACUCUUGCGGCUCGCUCCCGAUUGUCACAUCGAUGGAGCCAGAAAGGCGCCGAACUUAUGACAUAUUGUGGGUUCGAAAACCCCAGCAUUCUUGCUGUCCAGCAUGAGCUCAUGAGGGCGUCAUGGCUCAAGAACUCUGGCCGUGGCAGGUCCGCCUGGCAUCUUCUGGGCAGCGCCAUCAGGCUUGCACAAGAACUCGGGCUCCACAUCCAGUCACACCCGCCGCAGAGCACUGGUCUCUCGGUGGAGAGGUCACUGGAAUGGCUGUGGCACGAUGAGUUUACAAGAAGGCUCUGGGCCAAGCUCUUCUCUUGGGAUAGUCACAUGGCAAUGAGCCUGGGAAGACCACUUUUAAUCCGGUCGGACGAUUGUUCGAUCCGGCCACCGCUGGACUGCGACUUUCCCUCAAAUCCUUCGGCCACUGUCCACGGCAUGACAUCGUCUCAUGGUCAGCAUUCACUCUACAGCGCCCACUAUUUUCAAUAUGCCGUAGCCCAGAAGGGCCAUGAGGUAGUGUCCGUUGGAGCUCACAAGCCAGGUUUCCACGAUUACAGCGUGGUACGAUUCUUCGACAGUCAAGUCUCGUCCUUGAUGAACAGCCUCCCCUCUUUGAGGCAUGGCGUCGCACAGGACGACGCCAAGACAUACCGUUCGACAGCAUCUCAUCUACACAUGUUGAUCGUCGGACAUUCGUUCUUAUUGAACCUGCACAGAGCCCAUUCAGCAACUCACAAGGCAAGCCGAGAAGCUGCCAUUCAAGCGGCUCUCAAUAUACUUGACGCACAGCAGCAAUUGUUUGACUUGUUGGGAAAUGCCCACUACAAAACUUUCAUGCUUUCCUAUUACUCUGUGGACGCGGGCAUAUAUCUGGCGGUGACCACAGCCAAAUACCCCAUGCCGAACGGCCAGACUGCGCGGCAAACCGACGUAGCGCUCCAACAAACGAUUCAGCGCCUCUCAUGGAUGUCGAGCAGAAAUGCGUUGGCUCAGGCUGGACUUCAAAUUCUACGCCGCUGCCUUCGCUUCAGUGAGCAGCCCACUCGAAACGAAUCACCUCCCCGGAGCCACCAUUUCUCUGCUCUGGCCGAAGAGGAUAUGCCGUCCGUACAGCCCGCUAGCAUUCGAGGCGACGCAUGCGCGACCUUGCUCGGGGAUCCGUCGCGGACCCCGACUUAUGCUGAUCAAAGUUAUGUUGGACUUUUGGAUGUGUCGGCUCCCGAUUUUGACGACCAGGACUGGGACAGGAUGUUUGCUGCCAUUACUGACGCCAACUAUACCAUGGACACCUUUAUCGGCGAGUUUAGCGAGCCACCCAACUCGCCACGGUAGCGUCCAAUGCGACCAAUUCGCAGAGAUGCAUUUUUGGCCGGAUUACGCAGCACAGGCGCCGCCAAACAGGCGCGUUCUUGCGCGAAAAUCAGCGUUGAGCUAGAGUACAAAUCCUUCCGAUACUUUGAUGAACGCAGUGAAGCUUUUGGCCUCUCACCACCCCGACAAAAUCACUCGCAAAGUAAAACUUCGCCCCAAAUUGACCAUGGGUGUCUCUGUCUCCCACGAACCUAGGCAUAGCACCUUCCAUGGGAAACACAAACUCCUUGCAGGCCGUCCACAACGUUGUGGCAAGCAUUCCCCAGCCAGCAGCGAGCGCACCGCGCCAAACGAGC